AUGAUUCUAGGAGAUAGUGACGUCAUCAUCUCAGCUGGAGAUAUAAAUGUUCGAUUCCUUCUCAUCCAUAGUUCCUCUCUCUGAUCUCUCUCUCUGAAAGACAUUCCAAUGGCGGAUCAGACCCAGAAGCCAGAGCUUUUCGAACUCAACAAUGGAACCAUGAAGGUCCUCCUCACCAAUCUUGGAUGCACCAUCACUUCUCUCUCUGUUCCAGACAAAGAGGGAAAAUUGGCUGAUGUCGUCCUUGGAUUUGAUACUCUCGAGCCUUAUCUGCAAGGUCUUGCUCCUUAUUUUGGGUGCAUUGUUGGUCGAGUCGCAAACAGAAUCAAAGAUGGGAAGUUUAAACUCAAUGGACAAGAAUACUCUCUGCCUAUUAAUAGACCACCAAAUAGUCUCCAUGGUGGGCAUAAAGGAUUUGACAAGAAAGUAUGGCAGGUGAUUGAACACAAAAAGGGCGAGAAUCCUUCGAUCACCUUUAAGUAUCAUAGUGCUGAUGGAGAGGAAGGUUAUCCAGGAGCUGUCUCAGUUUCUGCAACAUACACACUCACUUCAAGCACAACAAUGAGGCUUGAUAUGGAGGCAAUUCCUGAAAACAAGGCGACUCUGAUCAACUUAGCUCAGCACACAUACUGGAACUUAGGUGGGCAUAACUCCGGGGAUGUUCUAAACCAUUCAAUUCAACUUUGGGCGAACCAUGUUACUCCAGUUGAUGAGAACACGGUCCCGACUGGAGAAAUCAAGCCCGUUAAAGGCACCCCCUUUGAUUUCACUAAUGAAAAGAGGGUAGGUAGCUCUAUUCAUGAGGUUGGCAUGGGAUAUGACCACAAUUUUGUGCUCGACUGCGGGGAUGAAAAAUCUGGCUUGAAGCAUGUUGCGAAAGUGAAGGAACCAUCAAGCGCCAGGGUCCUGAACUUGUGGACCAACGCCCCCGGGGUGCAGUUUUACACAGGCAACUACGUCAACGGCAUAGUUGGCAAAGGAGGGGCUGUUUACGGUAAGCACGCGGGGCUGUGUUUGGAGACACAAGGAUUCCCUAACGCAGUGAACCAACCCAACUUCCCAUCUGUUGUUGUUCAGCCAGGUGAGAAGUACCAGCACACCAUGCUAUUUGAGUUUUCAGUUGAAUAGAGUGGUUUAGCUCCAAAUGAUAACAAUGACAAUAAGGUCAAUUACCAGUUUUGUGUGGCAGAGAAUAGUAUUUCCUAUAUGCAUUUACUACAUAUUUGAUUUGGUUGUCCUUGUUUUAUGAUUGUAGAAGUUAACAAAGAGGAUGAGUAGUUUCGUGACGUGACGAAACCUAAUGAAAUGUUCUCGCAUCGUUUUGAAGCAUCAUA